AUGGUUCUCGUCGAGGAAGUCAAGGAGGAGAUCAUCGUCGACCGCGAGUCCGACUACGAGACCGAGUCCGAGUUCUCGGAGGACGACGCCGAGUCGGUCAUCUCGGAGGACGACUUUGACCCGAGCACCGAGACGUUCGCCGACCGAGUGGCCGCCCUCAAGGACAUUGUCCCGCCCGAGACGCGCAAGUCGCUCGCCAACACCGCCGAGACGAUCAAGUCGUGGUCCUCGUCCGCCUACAACCUCUCCGGAAACAUCGCGUGGUGGGUUUGCACGUCCGCCAUCCUCGUCGCCCUUCCCCUCGCCCUCGCCUCCGAGAACGAGGCCAUGAUCACCCAGCAGGAGCGCGAGCUCCAGAUGCAGAGCACCGGACAGCAGCAGCAUGAGCUCCGACGUCUCGCCGAACAGCGAAAAGUCGUCCGCAGCGCCGCCGCCGCCGAUGUCGAUCUCAGCUACGGGACGUGUGGAGGUAUGAGCUAA